AUGAAUUUAGUGUGUCCCAUUUGUUCCGAUCUAUUUGUACCAUCGGCCGAGGUAAAUAUUACACCAUGUGGCCACAUGUUCCACCACCUGUGCCUAUUGCAAUGGCUAGAACGGUCCAAAACUUGUCCGCAGUGUCGUGACCGUUGCAUUGCAACACGGCUCAUCAAAGUGUAUUUCAAUGUAACGACCAAUCUCGACACGACCGAAGACAAUGCUGCGCUGUUGGAUAAACUGGACAAUCUUACGUUAAAAGUUCGCGAGCAGGACAGACAGCUGAAAACCUUUGAAACCAGUGCAGCCGAACACAAAAAUGAGCAGAAAAAAAUGCGGAAAACUUUAUUGGGCUUGGAAGAGGAAGUGCGGACCAAAAACACGGCAAUGUUUGCCCUAAGACAUGAGAUGGACAUGAUGCGAGGUGAUCGGAAAACAUUGAUCAAGGUGCAGGAAGAGUUGGAAAGCAUGCGAACGAAGCUACAGUUAUAUAUGGUGGUGAAGCAAGCACUGGAUGAUACCGUGCAAGAGGUGGAACAGAUGCUCAACAAUAAUACGAGCCGGGAAGCGGCCAUAACUUUAGCCGUGGCUUUGAAACGUGAGCUUCAAGCGCAAGAGAUGAAGCGAAAGAAGCAAUCGGACCGGAUCACGCAUCUUCAAAAUAAUCUGAUCGAAUGUCGAAGGAAAAUCAAAACAUUGGAAGACAAUCUAUCGACGUGCGAUAGUGAGAUUUUUCGGUUGGAACAACUUCUCAUGCAACAGGCAAAAGAGACAUGCACCAAUACGUCGUCCGAAAGCUUUGGUUCUCCGGAUGAAAUUGUGCCCAAUACUCCUGACCAACGUCCAACAGCUGGUCGAAAACGACCAAUAACAGACCUCAACAAAAGUACACCUUUGUCGGAAAAGGUUCGAAAAAUUAUGGACUCAAAUUCCCCCUAUCUGCGAGUUAAGACGAGCAGCAUUGGACUUGCGCCACUCAUGCGCGGUGGUUUAAGUGCAAAUCCUCAAAUGAUCUUACCCAGUGUAACUGGCACGGAGAAGCCAAAACAGAGCGGAAGUUCUUCUGCCAAAUAUUCCAUCUUUUCGAAGAAAAGAAUAUCCGAGUCAGUAUCUGGACUUGCAACAAUAGGGAAAACGUCCUCCAACGCACAGGAUGAGAACAAGUGCAAAAAUAAGGAAGAGGAGGAAAGCACUUUGGCGGGACCACGGUUCAAGCUAACUUCCUCUACUGUUACGGCACGUCUUAAGGCAGGCAAACUUACCAGGCAUCCUUCUACGACAAUCAGCCCCAACAAAGCAGACGAUUUCAACAUAGAUGAUUUUACAGAGCUAGAAAAUAUUAUUGAAUAA